AAUUUGAGGAGUAAUCUGUGACACAGGCCAAACCCUAGGGUUUUCUAUCUAAUUGUCCCAAUACUUUAUAGAGUAUUAGAGUAUUUGUAUCAGACCUAAAUUACAAUCCCAUCAGAAUCAGAACCACAGAGCUCCGGCGACGAUAAGCGCAGUUCAGCAGUGCUACUUUACCAGAGUAGCUCGGUUUGGCUACUUCUGUUAGGUUAGGGGGUUUUGUGGGGUAUCUUAUUUUAUUUUUCCCCGGCGUUUAUAGAGGACAAAGAUGGUCAAUGAGAAAGGAAUUGAUGGCGUUUCUAGCUCCAGCCCGGUGAAAAUGAAUGGCAAAGAAACUGGGGUUGAUUGUCAGAGUAAAGAUGAGGAGAAUACUGGCAAAGAAGUAGUGAAUGGAGAAAAUGCAGUUGUAGAAAUGAAGAAUGGGGAAAUUGUAAUGGAAGAAGAAGAGAAGAAUGAAGUGACUGCAAGUGUAGAAGAAGGAAAAAAUGGAGGUUAUAAAAUUGAAGAAUACAAAAACAAUGAGGCGAAUGCAAUCGAAGACGACGAUAAGGAAUGGAAUGCAACAUCAGAAGAUGAUGAUGAGGAGGACGAGGAGGAUGGGGAGGAAGAGGAAGAGGAUGAGCAUGAGGAGGAGGAGGAGGAGGAAAAAGGAGUUGAGAAAGAGGAAAAUGCAAUUGAACUAGAAGAAGAGAAAGUAGGAGCAAAUUCAACGGAGAAAGUCCAAGGAUCGAGGAAACGAAGCAGAAAGAAGGAGAUCGAGGAGGAGGAGAAGGAAGAGGAGGAGGAGAACACAAAUGAGCUAGAAAACAAGAAAGUAGGAGCAAAUUCUGGGGAGAAAGUCAAAAGACCAAGGAAACGAGGCAGAAAGAAUAAGGUGGCAGGAUUGGGUUCUGAGACACUAGCAACGAAAGCGGAAGAUAAGCCAGGACCAUCAGGCAAGGAAAAGACUUCCAAGAGGGCUGAGAGUAUGGGGAUGAUUUUCAUGUGCAGCUCGAAGACAAAGAAGGACUGCUACCGUUACAACGUUCUUGGGCUGCCUGCUAGCAAGAGAGAUAUUGUUGAAAAGGUUUAUAAAGGGAUGAGGCUGUUUUUGUUCGAUUUUGAUCUCAAACUGAUGUAUGGGAUUUACAAAGCUGCAGGACCUGGGGGUUAUAAUAUUGAACCCAAGGCUUUCAAGUCAGCAUUCCCAUCUCAGGUCCGUUUUACUGUUUUGGAUGAUUGCUUGCCGCUGGCAGAGGAGAAGUUCAAAACUGUAAUCAAAGAAAACUACUAUGGAAAAAACAAGUUCAAUUGCCAACUGACCUCACAACAGGUGAAGGACCUGUGUAAGCUCUUUUCUGUUUCCAGCAGAGGCUCCAAGUCUAAGAAGUUAAGCAGAAAAGCGAGAACAGAGACUCAUAUCGCGAGAGCUGAACCUCGUAUUGCGAGAGCUGAACCUCGUAUUGCGAGAGCUGAACCUCGUAUCGCGAGAGGCAGAGCUGAACCUCGUAUCGCGAGAGUCAGAGCUGAACCUCGUAUUGCGAGAGGCCGAGCUGAACCUCAUAUCGCAAGAGGCAGAGCUGACCCUCGUAUCGCCAGAGGCAGAGCUGAACCUCGUAUUCGCGUAGACGGAGGCAGAAUCCGUCGGCGGAGUCGGGACGAAGAGAGGCGGGGUCAGGACGAAGAGAGGCGCUCCUCUGCAUUGAUUGCAGACCGCCGGUACCGUGAGGCCCGUCCUCCUGCAUAUGAUAGAGAGACAUAUAGGCGGCGGGAUCGGGAUGAAGAGAGGCUCUCUCCAUUGGUUGGGGCCCACCGGCACCGUGACCAUCCUAUCAUGUAUGAAAGAGAGCUGGCACCUCUGCACCGCCUUCAACCUUUGCCUCCACCAACAGCUGGUGCUCUGCCAUAUGCUUCUUACGGGAGGACAGUAGAACUUGAUGCCUACGGACGGGAGGUAGUUGUUGAGCGUCGUGACCCUAGGCUUCUAGAUUUGGAUGUAAGGCAUCGGGAUGAGAUUGGCAGCCGUGAUCCCUAUAUGUCGUACAGGGAAAUUCCUUCAUACCGUGAUAGUCUGUAUUCUCCUGCAGUCCUAGCGCCGCCCGAGUACUAUCCUCCUGUGGAACCACGGGCAGAGUACCGUCUUGCUGCUCCACCGCCAUCGGAGUAUCGUCAUCUUGGAGCAGCUCCAUCUGAAUAUGAUCGUCUUCGGUCAUUGUAUCGGUAUUAGAUUUCAGCAUUUGGGAAUACAAAACCAUCAAUGGUUUCUCUGGUGUUCCAUUAUAACUCUCUUGCUGAGCGUUCAGGUAAUUUCCGUCCAGUAGGGCUUUGGUUUGUUUUCACAGUCAAAACAUUUGGAUUAGGUGCGCACGGGACAAAAAUGGUGACGAAUUUGUUGGAAAUAUCUUUGGAAUGGAAAGGCUUGAGCCUCCGUGCCUGUUCUUCAUAAAACUUUUUUUUUUUUUUUUCUCAAUUGGAAGCACACAGCGUCUCUUUUAGGCCUAAUGUUGCAUCCUUAGUUACAAUUUGCUCCCAGUACUUGUACUCUGUUUUAUUAUCAGCGGCCUGAUGUUGGCUGCAAUAAGAGGCUAUAUUUGUUUGA